ACUCGUAGGCUGCGCUAGUGGUUGGUCAUGGGCUCGUGGGUCGUGGCGCGAAAUUUCAACAGCCAGUCGAAGAACCGGUCGCUCUCAGCCUAACCCCCUCACUUGACUCUCACGCACAACCUCGCCGAGUAAACCGGCACUCCCCCAUGGUCUCUCCCUCCUCUUCCCAUUCACACACGCGAUGGCUCCCCUGCUCCUCCACCUCCUCCGUGUUCUGCUCCUCCUCGCCGCAGCCGACGCCUUCCCUGCUACCUGCAGCAACACCACCUGCGGCGACCAGACGAUCGCCUACCCGUUCUGGCUCAACUCUUCAGUAGCGUCCGACUGCGGCUACCCCGGGCUCGGCCUUGCCUGCAAGAACAACACCACUCUUCUCCCCGUCCAGUCCCACUGGUACAGAGUCGUCGCCAUCGACUACACCACGCACACCAUCUGGGUCUCCGACCUCGACGUCGGUGGCGGCGAGUACGCCCCCGGCUGCCCGCGUCUCCACGUGAACCUCAGCAUCGACUACACGAGCUCCUGGCUGCAGCUCACGCCCUCCGACUCCAACAUCACCUUCCUCUACAACUGCAAGAAGAACGUAUCUUGGUCCUCCGCCGUGGAAUUGAGCGAGUGCCAAGAUUAUGAGGGCAAGAGGUCGUACGUCUUGCCGGAUGGUGGGAUCACGGGUGCUGAAGCGUACGAGUACGAGUGCGAGGAGGUGGUGGUGGCGCCGGUGAUGGCCUUACACAAGGACGGAAUGUUGGGCGCCCCUGGCGCUCCGCCUCUGACGAACAGAUCGUUCGGUGGCUUAGUGAGGGCUGGGUUCGAGUUGAUGUACAACGCUCACUCCCAGCAGUGCGGCCGAUGCGAGCGCUCCGGCGGGUGGUGCGGCUACCGGCGCAGCGAGACGCACGGUGGGCUCGGGUUCACCUGUUUCUGCGACGGCGGCCUCACCUCGGAUCGUUGCGGUAUUUUUCGCAUUAAGACUACCACAAAGGUUUGCCACGACGACCAUCCUCGGGUGAAGGAGGAGGCAAUUGUCCAAAGCGUGUCAGAGGCAAUGUUUUGGAUAUGGGUCAGGGUACGAGCCAGGGUAAGGGUCAGGUGUAGUCUCCUUUACUUGUAUGCUUAGGCAAUGUAUUUUGUUCA